UGGAAUUUCAGGUGGGAAGGAGCGUGGGGCAGGGACACUGGGCUCUGCCCCUCUGCCCCUGCGGGCAGCCCGGCUCGGGGUGCCGACCAGGGCAGCAGCUCAGCGCCGGGGACAGGUGUUCUCGGGCCCCUCGGGGGUCGGCAUUCUGAGCACAUGGUUCAGCGUCCCGGCCUGGGCAGGGCUCCUCACCUGGCGCUGCUCCUGGGUGUGCUGACAGGCAGCUGGGGAGACCAAGGCACAGAAAAGCAAAAGUAAGUUGCCCAUGUUCAUGCAACUAACAGUGGUUGGAGCUGGGCCCCCAGCCCAGCCUGGGGCUUGGAGAUGAACAAAUACGGCGGCCAGUCAACAAACCCCAGAAGCAUCCCAGCCCUCCACAUGCACUUUCUGGAGCGUGCUGACCAUUUGCAGAGUCUGCGUCUCUCUUGGCCAAGGCCCCCGAGCGACUGACGUGUGGAGCUGCUUUGCUCUGGGUGGGAUUCUGGGAGCUCGGUGUCUCUGUGCUGGUUGCACCCGGGCUUCGCUGCUGUUGGAGAUGCUGCUGAUUAACAGAGCUGCCAACCAGGCUCCAUCCUCACCAGCCAGCCUGGAGGCCCCAGGAAUGGGAUUUGCGGUCCCGAGGCAGCUUUCGUGCAGACAUGGUGCCGGGACACCUGAGCCUGCAUUUGCAGGCUCCAGCCCCGCAGCGGAGGCAUCAGGGCUCUGCAGGACCCUCGCCCCUACCACUGCCCUGGGCACCCACCAGGGCAGGAUUCCUGGCUUCCCUCCAUCCAGCGAGUCUCCGCCAGGCCCUGGGUGGGCCCUGCAGCUCCGAGACCUGAGGUUUGUCCUCCUGCUGCCAGACGGCGCCGGCCUCCCUCCACACGAAAGAUCGCGCCUUGAGAACUUGGAGUUUGGGGGACAUGGAGCAGCUCCCGUGAAGCAGGAGAGCCUGCGUGACCCUCCGCCGCGGCUCUGCUCUCCGGAUGGUUCUUUCCUGCUGCUUGUCUGGAACCUCGUCCACGCGUCCUGCUGCUUGUCCGUCGCCGUCCUCCUUCCACCUGUGGGUGCGUCCGCUCACUCUCCUGCAGGACACUUGGGCUGUCUCCGGGUCUGGGCCGUGAUAAACAGCUGCUGCGGAUGCUCGGCGACGGCUGCCCAUGGCCCUGGGUUUUCAUUUCCCCGGAAGUUGCUGGGAAUGGAAUGGCGUAUCGCAGGGUAAAGAUGUUUAACAUUUUAAGAAACCACCCAGCAGUUUUCCAAAGUAGCUGUUGCAGUGUACACACCUGCGAGGACUGAUUUUCACAUAAAAUGACCGUGCACCUCCACGCCGCGGGGUGGCCCAUGAGGCCGGGGUCUCGGGUGCAGCUCGAUGCCCAUCGGCACCGAGGAGGCCUCGGUCCAUGGAACGAAGGUUGUCUGCUCCAGUCUCCUCGGCGUGAGGCACCUGCUCCUCCCAGCUGGAUGUUUGUUUCCUGGACGUCAUCGGGUUCCCUCCCUCCCUCCCCCCCACCCCCCCUCCUUCCCUCCUUUCCCCUCCUGUUCUCUCCUUCAUUUGAUAAACACUCAUAAAGCAGAUGAGGCCCUGCCCUCGCCCCAGCUGCCCCAGUUGCUUUCCACCCUCCACUGGUCCCGUGUCUGGACCCCCUCUCACCCCUGUCAGCACGAGCCCACCCUUGUCAGAGCCGGGGCUCAGCCAGACUCUGGAGCACCCUAGUUUGGAGAACGUGCCCUCAUGGAGUGAUGAGAGGCCUCUCUGGGCUGGGGAGCUGCCCAGGUACCCUCAGGAGGUGGCGGCUCUCGUGCCCCUGGCCUUGGUGCAGUGGCCCCCACCUCGGUGCAGUGCCCCCAACCUCAGUGUAGUGCUCCCAGCCUUGGUGCUGUGCUCCUGACGGGCAGCCCAGGCUGUGCACUGCUGGUGGAAGAUGACACGGACAUGGACAGGUGCUCUGCACUCCUUGCAAGGCAGGCUGGUUCCUGGCUAAUGUCCUCCCUCCUUGGGGCAUGGGUUAGCCUGGGCGUGCAGCUCCUGUGAGGGGCGGCCCUGGGGCUGGAUCCUGUGAUGGAUGCAGAUGGACCCUGCAGAGGGGGUCUUACCACCCCCCUCCCAGAAUGAUGGCCCUCCUCACAGACACAUGCACAUGGUAGAUCCUACACCUUCUGAGGUCUCAGUGUGUGUGCAAGAGCAUGGGAGAGAUGAUGUGAGUGUGCAAGAGCAUGUCAGAUGGUGUGAGAGUGUGAGAACAUAUGAGUAAGUGCAAGUUGUGUGUGCAAGAGUGCAUGGGACAGUGUGAGAAGGUGUGUGAGUGUGUGAGAGCAUGAGAGCAUUGUGCCAGCACGUGUGAGUGUGGGUGAGUGUGCACUAGUGUGUGGGGAGAGUGUGUUUGUGCAUUUGUGAGCGUGCGCCUGUGUGUGUGCAGGGACGUAGGGCCCCUCCCCUCCGAGGCCCACCAGCGACGUCCUGAGGGGUCCUGCCUGGCCCUGACGGCUCCCCUGGGGCCAGGUACGGUUGAGGGCUGUGCCCCCCACCCCACUUUGUUCCCUGCAGGAGGGGCUGAGUCUGACCCGGGCCUUAGCCUCCAGGUGCAGGGGCUGGACUGCCCUUCCCCCACUGAGGGCUCCCCUGGGCCCCUGCUGCCUGGGUGCUCGGGACCCCCAGUAGGCCCCUGACCCGCUGAGCCUUUGCGAGCAGCACCCUCUCCGCAGGGCCAGGGAACAGCUUCCGGAGGGUCCUUUCCAGCACGGCAGCGGAGCAGGGCCAGCCUCAGUGGGGCACCGGCCCCUGUACCGACACGAGGGUCCCAGCCCCUCCCAGAGGCGCCCCAACUCUGCGGCCGAAGGGCCUCUGUCCCUCGUUUCAUGGCCCGGCAUCCGGUUCAGCUCAGCCCUGGCCGGCGAGACAGUGGGGGCUGCCUGUGGGCUCCAGCUCCUGAGCUUUAUGGCCUGGUAUUUCCGUGUGGUUUUUCAGAAAUGGGCGAGGGCCACGCCGGUGGUGAAACCCACCUAUUCGAGCUUCACGUAAAAGGUGGAUUCACACGGCGUCCGCCUUCGCCUCAUGGCUUCCCGGGAGCAGGU